GCUGAGGCGCCUCUGGGCGGGUCCAGGCGGCUCCAGCGCUUUGGGCUUUGGGAGCUGUGGGAGGAGCCGGCGGCCUCACCGUGGUAACCACAGCGCCGCCGCCGCCCCGCCUUGCAGGCCUCAGGACUGUCAUCGCCUUUGGAGGUCGGGGUACCGUGGCCACCGUUUCCGGAAAUUGCUCUCGCAGAUACCCCCAGCCUCCCCACGCCGUCGUCGCCGCCGCCAUGCAAGGGGAGGACGCCAGAUACCUCAAAAGGAAAGUUAAAGGAGGAAAUAUUGAUGUACAUCCAUCAGAAAAAGCACUUAUUGUUCAAUAUGAAGUGGAAGCGACCAUUCUUGGAGAAAUGGGAGAUCCCAUGUUGGGAGAACGAAAGGAAUGCCAAAAAAUCAUUCGACUUAAGAGUCUCAAUGCCAACACAGAUAUAACUUCCUUGGCACGGAAGGUGGUAGAAGAAUGUAAACUCAUUCAUCCCUCAAAACUGAAUGAGGUAGAACAGCUGUUAUACUAUCUGCAGAACCGCCGUGAUUCAUUGUCAGGAAAAGAAAAAAAAGAAAAAUCAAGCAAGCCUAAAGAUCCGCCUCCUUUUGAAGGAAUGGAGAUUGAUGAAGUUGCUAAUAUUAAUGACAUGGAUGAAUACAUUGAGUUAUUAUAUGAAGAUAUUCCUGACAAGGUUCGGGGUUCUGCUUUGAUCCUGCAGCUUGCUCGAAAUCCUGAUAACUUGGAAGAACUACUAUUAAAUGAGACUGCCCUUGGUGCAUUAGCAAGAGUCCUGAGAGAAGACUGGAAGCAAAGUGUUGAGUUAGCUACAAACAUCAUUUACAUCUUUUUUUGUUUUUCCAGCUUCUCUCAGUUUCAUGGACUUAUCACUCACUAUAAAAUUGGAGCUCUCUGUAUGAAUAUCAUUGAUCAUGAAUUAAAAAGACAUGAGCUUUGGCAAGAAGAACUUUCUAAGAAGAAGAAAGCUGUUGAUGAAGACCCUGAAAACCAAACCUUGAGAAAAGAUUAUGAAAAAACAUUUAAAAAUACCAGGGGCCUUGUGAUAAAACAGGAACAGCUCUUACGAGUUGCCCUCUACUUGCUUCUGAAUCUUGCUGAGGAUACACGCACCGAGCUGAAGAUGAGGAACAAGAACAUUGUGCACAUGCUGGUGAAGGCCCUGGAUCGGGACAACUUUGAGUUGCUGAUUCUUGUUGUGUCAUUCUUGAAGAAGCUCAGCAUUUUUAUGGAGAAUAAAAAUGAUAUGGUGGAGAUGGAUAUUGUUGAAAAACUGGUAAAAAUGAUACCUUGUGAGCAUGAAGAUCUGCUGAAUAUCACUCUCCGACUUUUACUGAACCUGUCCUUUGACACAGGACUAAGGAACAAGAUGGUCCAGGUGGGACUGCUCCCCAAACUCACUGGGCUUCUAGGCAAUGAAAACUACAAACAAAUAGCCAUGUGUGUUCUUUACCACAUAAGCAUGGAUGACCGCUUUAAAUCAAUGUUUGCAUACACUGACUGUAUACCCCAGUUAAUGAAGAUGCUCUUUGAAUGUUCGGAUGAACGAAUCGACUUGGAACUCAUUUCUUUCUGCAUUAAUCUUGCUGCUAACAAAAGGAAUGUACAGCUUAUCUGUGAAGGAAAUGGGCUGAAAAUGCUCAUGAAGAGAGCUCUGAAGUUCAAGGACCCAUUGCUGAUGAAAAUGAUUAGGAACAUUUCCCAGCAUGACGGACCAACUAAAAAUUUAUUUAUUGAUUAUGUUGGGGAUCUCGCAGCCCAGAUCUCUAAUGAUGAAGAGGAGGAAUUUGUGAUUGAAUGUUUGGGAACUCUUGCAAAUUUGACCAUUCCAGACUUAGACUGGGAAUUGGUCCUUAAGGAAUACAAGUUGGUUCCGUACCUCAAGGACAAACUAAAACCAGGUGCUGCAGAAGAUGACCUUGUUUUGGAGGUGGUCAUCAUGAUUGGAACUGUGUCCAUGGAUGACUCUUGUGCUGCACUGCUGGCCAAGUCGGGGAUCAUCCCUGCACUCAUUGAACUGCUGAAUGCCCAACAAGAGGAUGAUGAAUUUGUGUGCCAGAUAAUUUAUGUCUUCUAUCAGAUGGUUUUCCACCAAGCCACGAGAGAUGUCAUAAUCAAGGAAACACAGGCUCCAGCAUAUCUCAUAGAUCUGAUGCACGAUAAAAAUAAUGAAAUUCGAAAGGUCUGUGAUAAUACCUUAGAUAUCAUAGCGGAAUAUGAUGAAGAGUGGGCUAAGAAGAUUCAGAGUGAGAAGUUCCGCUGGCAUAACUCGCAGUGGCUGGAGAUGGUGGAGAGCCGACAGAUGGAUGAAAGCGAGCAGUGCUUGUAUGGUGAUGAUCGGAUUGAGCCAUACAUCCAUGAAGGAGACCUUCUCGAGAGACCUGACCUUUUCUACAACUCAGAUGGAUUAAUUUCCUCUGAAGGAGCAAUAAGUCCAGAUUUCUUCAAUGAUUAUCACCUUCAAAAUGGAGAUAUCGUUGGUCAGCAUUCAUUUCCUGGCAGCAUUUUUCAUCCCAGGAUUUCAAAGUGCUUUACAAAUGUGCACUAAUUAAGCCUCACACACAGCAGAGCCUCGGAAUGGAUGGCUUUGGCCAGUCAGUCGGCAUUCUUGGACGCCCUGCCACCGCUUACGGGUUCCGCCCUGACGAACCUUACUACUAUGGCUAUGCGUCGCCAUGAAGCCAUCCCUUCCCAUCUGCGCACUCAGCCUAAACGGAAUCUGUGUGGUUGGGUUCCCUUUGAAUCUUGGGUUAAUAAUGCAUGUUGACACUAGUGUGUGUCUAUGUUUCUUUUUUUUUUUUUUUCAUGUUGUAGCUGCAGAUUAAUGCCACCCCUUUUGCCCUGUGUGCGGCACAGUGGAUGCUUCACGCUGUUCAUUCCUCAAAACCCAUCUUGACCCUCGGUAAUAUUUCCCAUGAGACUCAAAAGUUAAUGCUGUAAAGCAACUAGACUGGAAAACAAACACUACAUUAUGUACAUUAAGUGACUAAUUUAAUUUCUAUUAAAAAGAAGCAUAAACGAA